ACAGUUGGUAAUGCAGGUGAUGAUACGGUUCGUUUCAGUUUGGUUUGGUUGGGCCCGGCCGAGUUGAGCUGCUUGCAAAGUAGGCGCGUAGGUAGUGCGGGUAGGGUUUCUUUAAUAUCUGAAUACAGAUUUAUCAAAUUCGGAAUAAUAAUAACUGAAAAUGGCAUCUGAAAAGAGGAUAGACAUCACCAAGCCGCUCUGGGAUCAAACCACCUUUGUGGGCAGGUUCAAACAUUUUGCCUUCAUCUCCAAUCCACUACUGUCUUUGGUGCCGGAGUCAGAACUGCAUGAAGCUAAGGAGUUAUAUUUUAAGUAUAAAGAUGGCAAAGAACCCGCCAACACUCCCAUGGACAAAGUUGUCCGAGCCAAACAGCUGUACGAAUCAGCAUUCCAUCCAGAUAGCGGAGAGCUGCAAAAUGUGUUUGGCCGUAUGUCCUUCCAAAUGCCCGGAGGCUGCCUCAUCACAGGAGCUAUGUUACAGUGGUACAGAACAGGCACAGCCAUAGUAUUCUGGCAGUGGGUAAACCAGUCGUUCAACGCCCUGGUCAACUACACUAACCGCAACGCCAACUCGCCGCUCACGGUAACGCAGAUGGGCGUCGCUUAUGUUUCCGCCACGUCGGCCGCAAUGGCAACGGCGCUGACUUUCAAGUUCGUCGUUCAGAAGCGCGCUAAGAACCCAAUCCUAGGGAGGUUCGUGCCUUUUGUAGCUGUGGCGGCCGCCAACUGGGUGAAUAUUCCCUUGAUGCGACAGAACGAGAUUAUAAAAGGUCUGGAGGUCUCAGACGAGAACGACAAGAUUAUCGGCAAGUCUCAGCUAGCCCCGGCCAAGGGAAUCUCACAAGUGGUUACUUCUAGGAUCGUGAUGUGCGCCCCCGGCAUGUUGCUGCUGCCGGUCAUCAUGGAGAGGAUCGAGCCCAAGCCGUGGAUGCAGCGCAUCCGCUGGGCGCACAUCGGCAUCCAGACCGCCAUCGUGGGGAUGUUCCUGACAUUCAUGGUGCCGACCGCCUGUGCUCUCUUCCCACAAAGAUGUAAAAUCUCAACGGACACCAUCAAACGCUUUGAGCCGGAGAAUUACGAGGAAAUAAUGAAAAAUACGGGCGGCAAACCUCCCCAAUACGUAUACUUCAACAAGGGUCUGUAAGCCGUACCUAGUAAGUAGUUGUUAUUAUGUAAAAGUCAAUUGAAAUCUCGUCUAUGGACACAUAAGUGUGGCUUUCCAUCACAUAAGUGUGGCUUUCCAUUACAAAAGGGUCCUUAUGCUUCAAGUGCAAUAAAGUCCUUCUUAUCUGAAAUUCUAACAGAAAUUCUGAUAGAAAGGUCCUUCUCUAAUGGAAAGCCAUAAAUAUUUGAGAGGUAAAAAGGGAUAGAGAUCUGGAUCCCCUCGCAUGUUCACUAUUGAAUGGAUUAUAUAGAAUGGAUGUUCUAUAGAUUCUUUAGUGUGUGUAUGACAGAUGAUUUAUUUUAAAUUGGGCGCAAUUUAGGAAAAAGGACUCGAUUCACAAAAAUCAGUCACUAGAAAUUGGAUAACAAUAUAACAUUAAAGAAUUUUAAGACAAAAUUUUCCACAAAUUUUAGAUGAUGGACUUUUUUCACUAAACUACGUCCAAGUAAGGCUCUGAAUUACUGAUACAUUCAACUAGUGUGUGGUGGGCCUUAAUCGGUUUUUAAAACUGUGAAUUUGUCCAUAGAUAAGCAAAUUAAAAUUAGCUGUCAGUGUUGUUAUGGGUGACCAGUGUUGCCAUAUCAAAUGGGCGUGAAUAUAGAUGAGUAAGCAGAAAAGUAGAUUUAAGAAAAUGAAUUAGCGUAUUUGACUUUCUUGCGCGUAUUUUAAAUUGCUGAUUGAAUUUUGUUUAAUUGGUAUUUUUAAAAUCUAAUAAUCUAAGUGCAAUUUUUUUUUUCAAGAAUAUAGGGUAUACGACAAAAAGUAUUCUGAAGGGGUAAAACUCAUUACCAGUCCGCUAGACGAUAUCGGCUUGUCAGUUGUAUGGAACUGUCAAAUUUUUGUUCUAACUGACAGGCUGAUAGACUUCCGGUUCGAGCGCCAUCUUGAUAGUUAGCAUCGUGAUUAAUUACUUUGUUUUUUGCUUAUUAAUAUUGUUUAAAGUGUAAUAUCGAUAGCUUAUUAUACAGUAAACUAAUGUGGUAGUGUGCAGUGAAUGGAGAAUUAAUUUUGAAGCGCGUUUAACCACCAUCUUGGAGUCAACGGCCGGUAGUCCACGUGCUUCUUGUAAAGUCUAGCUAUCGAUUUACAAGAGCUAACAAAUCACCGUACACUGUCUUGUACAACCGUACAAUUUUUGUCGUUUGUAAACCUCUCAAUACCUUGAUACUGGCGAAAUAGUCCCACUGGGCUGAAGCCAUAAUUUUAAAAGAAGAAGAAGAAGACAGGCUGAUACGGACUUCCGGUUCGAGCGCCAUCUUGAUAGUUAGCCUCGUGAUUAAUUACUUUGUUUUUUGCUCAUUAAUAUUGUUUAAAGUGUAAUAUCGAUAGCUUAUUAUACAGUAAACUAAUGUGGUAGUGUGCAGUGAAUGGAGAAUUAAUUUUGAAGCACGUUUAACCACCAUCUUGGAGUCAACGGCCGGUAGUCCACGUGCUUCUUGUAAAGUCUAGCUAUCGAUUUACAAGAGCUAACAAAUCACCGUACACUGUCUUGUACAACCGUACAAUUUUUGUCGUUUUUAAACCUCUUAAUACCUUGAUACUGGCGAAAUAGUCCCACUGGGCUGAAGCCAUAAUUUUAAAAGAAGAAGAAGAAGACAGGCUGUUACGAGUAUCGUCCGGCGGACUGAUAAUCAGUGGGCCCCUUAACAGUUUAUGUGUUCAUAAAAAAAGCUCAGAAAUUACUUAGAUAAUAAAUCGGAUUUGAAAGUCGUUUACGUUAAUUUGUUGUUAAAAAUGAUAUUAUUUUUGAUUGUUUUUUUAUUCAUUAAGUGUACUUAUAAGCGUUAUUGGUAACCAGUAUCUAUAGUUUUUAAUUAAAAAGUAAAAACACUUUUUUUUCUACCUUUCAAAAAUCACGUCUUUAAUCUUUAUCACAUUUUUACUUAUUAUUUUAAUGUUUUUUUGCGUUGUUGUUUUUGAAUUUCGUUUAAGGAAUGUUUAUUUUUGCGCUUUAUUUUUUCUCUAUAUUGAAAACAAUACAUUCCGAUUGAUAUUACUUAAGAUAAGUCUGUGCUUUUAUCUGCAUUUGCACUAAGGAUAUACGAAUAUUUAUCAAUCUGAACUACUACUUUUACCAGGGGAGGUACAAGCUUAGGGACAACAGCAGAUCUAAAACUUAGUACCUACGAUCCUGCAGAUCUAAAACUUAGUACCUUUAUUCUACUCUUAGAAAGAAACGAAAGAGACUCCAACUAUAUUAUUUUCAUCAUCUCACACUGUUUUGCUGCAAGCAAACCCGUGAAAACUAGAUAAAAAAAAAGAAUUAUUGCUCAAUUUUGACGCAUUAUAUUAAUCUCAAAAUUAUUUUCCAGUGUUGCUUUUUACGUUGAUUUAAAUACAAACUAAUUGUUCAAUUAAUCUUGAAUUUAUAGUAUCUAUGAGAACAAUUCACCUUUUUUGUAUUAAAAUCCGCUAUGUAUUAAAACUAUAAAAAAUUGUGAAUUGUGAUUAUGUAUUGAUACGCUCACUUUAAUAAAUCUUUCUAGUCUUUUUUUAGUGCUCAAAAUCAAUUAGCCAAUGUAAUUUCCUAAAAUCGUGCCAUUAGCAUUUGUACACAAUGUUUAUUUUCAAUUAUAUCAGCUUAUUUGCUUUUAUGUUAGAAUGGCAAGCAAGGCUAAGACAAUAAAAUACCUAU